AUGUCGAUGAGCGUGUCGCUGCUGCUGUUGCCAUGGGCGGCGCGGCACCCGACAUUCCUGAUCGGCCUGCCACUUCUGGCGUGCACGCCGGUCGUUGGCCAGGGUGUGCGCCCACUCCUGCGCGAAGCGCUCGCUGGCCUGUUCAAAGGGCUGCGGCUGUCCUCCAACUGGCUGCUGCCGCACCCGGAGGAUGCGCACGCACACCAUGGCGCCGGCCACCACGGGCACGGGCACAGUGCAGCGGCAGCCGCGCACCACGGCGGCGCCCACGCUGCGCGCGGCGCUGCGCACCACCGCGCCGCAGUGGCGCCCCGCAAGGCUGUGGACCCACGCACUGCGCCGCACGGCCCUGGCGCCGGCGGUGCAGCGCCCUUCGCCGAGGCGGCGGCGGGCCCUUACCAGCCGGAGCCCUACAUCCAACCGAGCGGCCCCUACAGCGA